AUGCUUUUGAUUGAUUUCAAAGACUCAUUUUUGCACCAACCUGCUUACGACAAACGAUUAAUGAGUAGACAAUAUUUGGUGGUGGAUAAUGGAGCAUACAAUAUAAAGGCAGGGUUCAACUCUGACAAUAGCCCCAGUCCUUUAAAAGCUUUCAAUGCAAUAACUAGGUCCAAGGAUGGAGCUAUUCACAUUGGCAACCAAUUCAAGACCCAUUCUAAAGACUACUUGGGGAUACAAAUAAGGCGACCAUUUGAGCAGGGGAAUCUAACAUCAUGGGAAAUGGAGAAACCGAUUUGGGACUAUACCUUGGACCAAAUACUGAAGACAGAAAUUGAUCCAUCGAACGUACAUUUGACUUUGACUGAAACACCUUUCCAAUUGCCACAAUUGUCUUCCAACACAGACCAGAUCGUAUUUGAGGAAUACGAGUUUGGUGAGUAUUACCGAUGUAUUCCUGCUUCAUUAGUACCGUUUGGUAUUGAUGAAUCAAUCAUAAAUUCAGACUUUACCCUUGUUAUUGAUUCAGGAUUCAAUGCUACUUGGAUCGUUCCCGUUAUUUACAAAAAAGUCCAUUGGGAAGGCGUACGAAAGUUACCAAUUGGAGGGAAUGUACUCAAUGGGUUGUUGCGUGAAGUCAUCUCCUUCAGACACUAUGACAUGUCUGACAACCCUAUAUUGAUCAACACAAUCAAAGAAUCCACUUGUUUUCUCGCUAAAGACUUCAAUGAGGUGCUAAAGAAUAAACUGCAAUACAAGUGUGAGUUUGUGCUCCCUGAUUUCAAAACGACUACCACGGGAUUUGUCAAGACGGCAGAGUCCAAGAUUGCUCCUGAUACCCAGUUGUUGACCUUAUACGACGAACGAUUUACGAUUCCAGAAGCAUUUUAUCAUCCAGAAAUUAUGUUCGAUCUCAAUGAAGGUACUGCAUCAAGUGCAGUACUACAGUCAGCACCAAUCAAGAACUUGACUGAUCUAAUUGUAUUGAGCAUAAUGUCAUGCCCAGAAAUUACCAGGCCCUUACUACUGGCGAAUAUAUGCCUUUCUGGGGGCACAUCCAACCUCCCGAAUUUCAAGACGAGGUUGGAAACGGAAUUAACUAAGGAAUUACCCCAGAAGUGGCAUGUGAGGAUUCAUGACGAUUACCAAGGUAUACCAAAAGACGAGUUGAGCUGGUAUGGUGGUAUCAAUUUAACAGGCGAUGAUGUUUUCGAAAAAGUUAGCAUUUCAAAGAAGGAAUAUUUUGAGCAUGGAAGUAAUUGGUGUCAGAAGCAGUUCGGAUUCAAGAAUGUGUAA